GUCUAAACUGAGCGUCACAGUGUCAGCGCGUUUCAGACCAGGGAGAACACUUCGGCACUGCUUUGUGUCUAAGAGUCUGCUGUGAUGGGGGAGAGGGGGCUGCUCAUCCUUCUGCUUGCAGGGUUUUGUGUGCCUGCGUACAACCAGAUCAGAAAACACGUGUUUGUGGAAACUAAGAAGAGCUGGUCUGAAGCUCAGAGCUACUGUAGAGAGAAGCACACAGACCUGGCCACUGUGUGCAGCCAUGAAGAAGCAGAGCAGCUCUUAAAUAUUACAGGAGCUUCUCUCGGGGAUUCCUGGAUCGGGCUGUAUCGUGAUGACACACAGAACUGGCAGUGGUCUAACAGCGAUGAUGUCAUCUACUCCAACUGGAGGGCAGACGUCUUCUGUGCUUCAGUCAAUUCAGAGGGAAAGUGGACUGAUUUACCCUGCCACCUUCAGAAAGCCUUCAUGUGCUACAAAGGUAAAGACUCUGGUCAGUGUUUCUAUGAAGGAGCUGGGAAGACAUGGCAGGAAGCUCAGAGCUACUGCAGAAACCAAGGCAGAGACCUGCCCAGCAUUCAAGACUUGGCCAGGGCUAAUGAGUUUAUAGGUCUUAUACCUUCAACUAGUGACUCGGAUCACUGGAUCGGGCUGUAUCAUGACAAAGAGAACUGGCAGUGGUCCAGUGGAGGUGAUGUCAUCUACUCCAACUGGGAACCAUACCUCUUCUGUGCUUCAGUGAAUUCAGAGGGAGAGUGGGAGGAUUCACUCUGCAGUCAGAGAAACUAUUUCAUGUGCUACAGCGAGACCAGCACCAUCACUGAGAGAUACACCCUGAUUAAAGAAUUCAAAACCUGGACUGAAGCUCAGCAGUACUGUAGAGAACACCACACCGACCUCGUCAGUAUAAAGAACGCCAGUGAAAAUGAAGAAAUAGUGAAGAAAGCGCAGGGCAAGCCCUUCUGGAUAGGCCUGUUCAAUGAGCCCUGGAAGUGGUCACACCAGGGGGAUAACUACACAUUUCACAGCUGGAACUACUGGGAACCAAACAAUUGGGGAGGGGAUGAGAACUGUGUGGUGAUGAGUAAGACUGGUGGAUGGAAUGACUAUGGCUGCCACUUUCAGUUGCCCUUCUUCUGCUGUGAGGGCACUCCAGUCCCUGAGGAGCUCCACCUGAUCUCUCACAGUAUGGUCUGGCCGGAGGCUUGGCAGUACUGCAGGGAUCGCUACACUGACCUAGUGAGCCUCACAAGCCUGGCUGCACAGAACAGAGUGUCGGAGCUCGUCAGGAACAGCACUGCGUCGCGAUUCUGGAUCGGACUGCACAGAACCGUUGUGUAUGAUAAAUGGUACUGGGUUGCUGGUAAGGAUAAGAAGGCCCCCCUAAACUACACUAACUGGGCCCCCGGGGAGCCCAACAAUCCUUACUAUGAGCACUGUGGGGAGAUGGUGCUGAGGGAGGAUGGGGGGGCUGAGUGGAAUGAUCUGUGCUGCUAUGAACAGCUCCCCUUUAUCUGUUUCAAAGAUUAAAAACAUCCUGAAAAGCUUUUACAGCAGUGGCUCUCAAACUAUCUCCAGCUGGGACCCCUUUUAAAGGCACUUUAGUCUGAAAAAAAACAUUUACUAAGAAAAUGAAAUAUCUCAAUCUAAAUUGU